CGCCAAAGCUCAGACAGAGAUCACGCUUCGGUAUAAUAACAAAGUACUGUAGACUGUAGUCACAAUCAGUCUGCGUGUUAGUUUAUUUGUUCGAUAAGCGCAAAUAAACUUGCGUCGGUUAUUGGGGUGGCGGCACAUCGGUGCACGUCAAGGAUCGUAUCUUGUGGAUUUUCCUCAUUUUCACUGUUUCCCUGACUGGAUCAGCGAAACGCCGCGGCGAUAGUGGAGUGGGUGCACUGGAUAACCUUGUUGCGCUAUCUAUAGCGUGGUGGCUAGCAAGGGAAGAGGAUCACCCAGCCAGCUGAUAAAAUAUUUCUUCAGAUUGAACGGUGGAUCAUAGCACGCUCAACCAACGGAUUUUUGUUGCACUUGUUUAAAUAUGCUGCUGUCGAAGUUUGGCUCAUUUUCUCAUAUCUGCAGUCCGACGAGUAUGGAUCAUUUACCCGUGAAAAUACAGCUCCAACCAGUUAAAAUAGACAAGGAGCCAUUUGAGAAAGUGUAUCAAGUCGGGUCAGUCCUGGGUAGCGGUGGAUUCGGAACAGUCUACGCCGGUAGUAGGAUCUCCGAUGGUUUACCGGUUGCUGUUAAACAUGUGGCAAAGGAACGGGUGACCGAGUGGGCUACUAUUAACGGUACGGUGGUACCUUUGGAAAUUCUGCUUCUGAAGAAAGUUGGAACAUCGUUUCGAGGGGUUAUAAAACUGCUGGAUUGGUAUGAAAGACCGGACGGCUGGCUUAUCAUCAUGGAGCGACCCGAACCCGUGAAAGACCUUUUUGACUUUAUCACUGAAAAGGGGGCAUUGGACGAGGCGACGGCCAGAGGAUUUUUCAGACAGGUCCUUGAAGCCGUUCGACACUGCUACAGUUGUGGAGUAGUGCACAGAGACAUUAAAGACGAAAAUCUCCUUGUAGAUCUUCGCACCGGGGAUUUGAAGCUCAUUGACUUUGGCUCGGGGGCGAUUCUCAAGGACACGGUCUACACCGAAUUCGACGGUACAAGAGUCUACAGUCCUCCAGAGUGGAUACGUUUCCAUAGAUACCACGGGCGCUCAGCAACCGUCUGGUCACUUGGUGUGCUGUUGUACGACAUGGUCUGUGGAGACAUCCCCUUCGAGCAAGACGAAGAAAUCCUUCGAGGCCGAUUGUAUUUCAGAAGGAGGGUGUCUGCUGAAUGUCAACAGUUGAUCAAGUGGUGCCUCUCCAUACGACCCAGCGACAGACCCACCCUAGAACAGAUCUUUGAGCAUCCGUGGAUGCGGCCAGCGGAAUCCUCCAAGGUGGAGGACAGCGACAUCCGGCUGAGGACCAUCGUCACAGACGCGUCGAGUACCAGUUCUAGCAAAGAGAGUCUCUGAGGAGAAACGGGGAGAGGAGGGGGGCCAGAGCUGGAAUGUUCUAAAGACUUUUGGGGCUGCAGUCAAGUCAACUCAAAGCCAUUGAUUGACUGGACUCUCCAAGAAAUACCAUUUCCUUUUUGUAGGGAAUCAUAAUUUAUUACAGCUUGCUCUUCCUUACCUUUCUUUUAUUUUCUCUCUCUCUUUUUAUAUAAUUCAUGUUUCCUAAUUGGGAACAGUUGCUGUUUUGGGCGGACUUGCCAGCACUAUUUAUUUUGUAUUUUUUUAUGUUCAAAAAGAUGUUACCAGACUGGUUUAUACAUAUUGGUCAAGCCUCCCUAUUCAGAUAUGGAUGCUCUCAUAGAGCUUUUUGGAGAAACACUUUUUAUUUAAAUGUUUUCAUUUGAUUUGGAGUGCCUUUUUGAAAGCCGCUGUUGGGGCCUUGCUUUCAACAUUUUUUGCUUUUUUUAUUUUGUUUUCCUUUUUUUUUGGUCUAUCCUAUUUCCCUUUUCCAGGCUUGUAUGUAAGUUGUUCCGUGGUUGGGGGCUAAACAAAUGUUUGUUUUUCUGAGUGAGGGCCUCCCCACUAUAUAAAGCAGAACAAAUUACCUCCCAGCCUUUUUUGGGGUCUCGUGAUGGAAAGAGGGGGGAUGAACGGCGUAGAAUACUUGAAACACACACUCACACUCACAGCAUCCCCCAAACCAUUAUAAUGCUGCUGCUCACUCACACAAGUUAGCCUCUCUACAGGUGGUUUGGAUGGCAGUUACUAUGUUAUUUUCUGAAUGUGUAUGACCUAUUUCAAAUAUAGCCUCUCAUACCCAGGUAUGGGUGAAGUGGCACCCCUCCCCCCCUUACCCCAUCUCACUGCUGAUAAUACAUUGCUCAAGCCUGGGGCAGUCUAGGCUGGGGUAAAGAUUGCACAAUCAAUGCAAUAUUCAUGGACUUCUUUUCUCCCUUUUUUUGUAUUUUUUUCAAAGCAAAAUCUUGUACAGUGUGUUUUUUUGUGUAUAUUAUAUUAUUAUUUUCCCUUGCAUUUAAUUUAUUUGUACCAUGUAGACAUUCCACAAUCUGUGGCUUAUUUAUUUUUUAUUUAUUGUCUUUGCUUAGAUCCCAGCAUUCGCAUAUCUUUACAUGGCCUUUUGUUUGCAUUCCUGUAGUACUAUUUUUUUACAUUUUGACAAAUAAAUGAAAAAAGUGGAGGAUGCACUGAAAGACGCUGUCAAUGUCAAAAGGAAUAAAAGCAAGGUUUACUUAAAAAUCAGAAGAGCAAUGAAUGUUAUUUAAUUACUUUACAGUUCAGAGGCUAUCAUAUGUUGUCUAUGGCAGAGUUAAUAUAUACAUAUACAUGUUGGGAAUACUUUGUGUAAUCACCAUUAAUAUAACUAGAUGCAAGCCUUUUAACAGUUUGCGUGGGGUGAGAGCUUUUUCUUGUCAGUAGCUAUGCAGCUUGAUGAUGAGGGUCUUCUCUUCAGACUGGCUGUAUGGAACGUAAUUGAGGUCCUAUUUUUUAUAUACAGCAUUUGAAUUAAAACAUGUUUUCUACAGAA